UCGUCGUUUCUACUCGACUACACUCCGUACAACGACCGACUCGCGCGCGCCGAAUAUCCUCUGUUCACUCCAAAUACGAUCGAACUCGAAAUUUCGUCCUUCUUUCUGGACUACUCCCUGGUCAUACUAUUUCGCCACUUUAGUCGCAAGUCCCGCUUUCAUCACCGUCCCAAAACUUCUUUGGCUUCGAACUGCUCGCUCUCCAUUGCUUGAGAAUCACUUUACUGUUCCAGCCAUGGCCCCUACCUUUGCUUCAGCAGCAGCCGGCAGCGGCAAUUCCAACUCAUCACGGGCAGAGGCGACCGGCGACUGGGCACGACGCGCAAACGGUGCCACGCAAACUUUUCGUCGUCCGUCACAUGCACCCUCCCUUUCCGGCUCAACCCAAGCAAACCCUCGAGACGUCAGCGGCGCGACGCCCAACCCUUCGACAAACCCUGGAGUCUAUGUUCCACCACAUGCUCAGUCCGGUCGAAAUGGAAGCUCCAUCGAGGGGCGGUACUCAAGAGAUCAACUUCUACACCUCUACCAUAAACAGCUCGACUCGGAAAGUAUCAAGGAGGGCUUGUCUGAGCUUUUUGUUGGAGCAUGGGAACCUCACAUUUCGAAUGGCACCUCGACCGCUACCUGGGGUCGGCGAGAUGAAGGUACCCAGGGCCAGAGUGGGGUGGAUAUAUGCUGGGACCGCGAGGGGAACGUACUUCCUCUCAGCUUGACCGAGUUGACUGAGGAAGAGAGGGAGAGCUUUACCACUUCAGUCAAUUCGCCGUUGAAGCCACCAGUCCAGAAUGCCAACAAAGAAGGCACACCAAAAGACGGCCUCUCCCUUCGUAAGACCUCGAUAUCUCAAGGCGGUGGCACGCCAUAUGGCUUAUCCUCGCCCACAACCACGCGGCCGGGUACCCGUCGCCGUGACACGAGCGAUGCAUAUCCGUUCCCUUCUAAUAUCUUGUCAUCGCCCGCUACAUCUAGAUUUUCUCGAGAGGAUGCAAGUGCUGUGGCGCCACCGCCCGCUCUAGUACGUCGGAGGACAGAUUUCAAGGAUCAGGUUCCUGGUGGGCCGUCCGAGGAACAAGAGAAGGAUAAGGGUACGGCUGAAAACGCUGGACCUUUCGGUUCCCUGAAGCGUACGACAACUGCUCCCUUUGGUUCCAAUGGAGGAACAAACCCUCCUUCGCCGUGGUCCGCGACUCCUUCAGGAGGCUUUGGUGCAUUCGGCAACUUUGCCAUCCCACAAUCUGACAAGAAGACUGGUUUUGGCAGUGUUCGUGGCGAAAGCCGCUUCAAAGGUCUUAUGAGCAAAGGUAGCACUGAGGACUUCGACAAAAGUACAAAGGAGAAAGCGUCACUGGGCAAUUUGGGCAAGGUAGCCGAGACCGAAUCUUCCAAAACUGGGUCGUGGAUGGAAGCCCGUUCUAAUCGACCUACAAGUAAUGAUACGGAUCCGUUUCCUGACCAGGACCAGCCUUCCGGGAGUGCCAUUCUUGGGGGCGGCCAGGAUGCCAGCCCCCCUCGUCAAAAUGUUUCCAACACCUUCUCCACUCCCCUCAAACAUUCCCAGCGCGAUGAUGGGUUCUCGGCAUUCGGCAUGACGGCUGAUAACACUGGAUUGCGUGAUAUUUUCCACGGGAGGGAUAAUUUUCAGCAAGGACCACCCCAUCGUACUGGCGAAGAACCAAUGAGUCCCACAGAUACGAAUCCAUAUCAGAGCCCAGAUCAUGCCCGCGGGGAUCAUGGCGAUGGCGACUCUGAAUUAUCUGACGUACCAAACACUCACUACCCUGGAAUGGGCGUAUUCCCUAUUGACACAUCGGUCGGUUCCGGAAUCCAACCUACAGGUUUUGGUGGUUUGGGGGGAUUAGGACGUGCCCCUCAACCAUUCGAAGUAGCUGCAAGUGACCGGAGUCAAACCUCAAGCGUGGGGCCCUCACGUGGAUUUCCAGCACUCCCCGGUCUGGGGGGUCUUCCUGGACUAGGUGGCGCGUCGACGUGGACGUCCGCUCCGCAGCAGCAAACCAUUGGCACUCCGGUACGAGAACGACCAUUCGGUGGAGGGUUUGACAACGCCUUUGGCUCUGUAGGCGGUGAGAUGCAUUCCCCUAGCUUGGCGGGUCUGGGAAGCAGUUCACUCUUCGGCGGUGGACCCGCAAUGGGAGGCACUGGAACAUUAGGACGUAGUAGGCUGGGUUCCUUGUUUCCUCCUGCCAUGCAAGAGCAGAUGCGUGAGCGACAAUCCAUUGAUAUGGGCUCAAACCCGGGCGAAACCCAGCAACGAACUGGAACAUUCGGAAGGAAUGCGUUUGGAGCUCAAGCACCAGGCAGUAACAUACCGAACCGAGAUACUGAUAGUCCGCUUCGUCGGGGAUUGUUCGAUGUAUUCGGACCGCCUCCUAGUGCAGGUGAUGAUGCUCGCCGAGACACACCCGAACCCAUCGGAUCUUCAUUUGGACAUGGAGUUGCUGCUUCGUCGACUGGACAAGCCGAUAACAGUCAAGGGAGGACCUCGUCCACGCAACCGACGAAUGUUAGCAGCCCAGCUUCGAGCCAGCCCCCUGCCCCUCAGCAACGAACGAUGGUGAUGCCUGACCGCAUGCGAUGGAUCUAUCGUGAUCCUCUAGGGCAGACGCAAGGCCCCUUUUCCGGCCUUGAGAUGCAUGAUUGGUACAAGGCUGGCUUUUUCUCCCCAGAGUUACUCGUUAAAAAACAGGAGGAUCCAGAGUAUGAGCCUCUCGCUCAACUCAUACGACGAAUUGGUAACUCCCGUGAGCCCUUCCUGGUUCCACAAAUUGGUAUCCCUCAUGGCCCACCUACAACGCAAACAGGAAACGCCUGGGCUGGCGUCCCUGGCCCUACCACUGCCGCUCAGCCACCAUUCGCAAAUAGCUUCCCAAGUUUUGGCACGACUCUAACGGCCGAGCAACAGAAUGCCCUCGAGCGUAGAAAGCAAGAGGAGCAAUAUCUCAUGGCUCGUCAGAAGGAACAUCUUGCUGCACAGCAGCAAGCUCUUGCGAAGCAGGCUACUAUCGGUCUGGGCAAUCAUGGCAUUCUUCCGCAUCAGCUCCACCAUCAUUCCAGUGCACACAGCCUUCAUAGCCAGCCCAGUUAUGGCAGCAUCACUUCUCCAGGAGGUUAUCAACCAUCUCCUACUCAAGGUCCUUUGACAGGUGGAGCAGCAUCUGUUCCAGGUCUGUUCGAUAAUGCAUUUCGAUCUGGACCAGUGCCAGGACUUGGACCAAUCGGACCAGGCUCAGACUUACUUGGGAAUAUCAGAGAAGAAGACUUACCUACUGUUAUGGACCGUCUAAACCUUGGUCGCUCCGGUCAAUCUUCGUUCGGGGCCACUAAUGUCCCCUUCGGAUCGCAGCAGGCUGACUCAAACACACAUGCCCAGCAAGUCGUUGCUAUGCUAAACGAUCGAGCGAGAUUGCAACGCGAGCAAGCUGAACACGAUGCAGGCCAACAGAACUCACAGAGCGAGCAACAGGCUGCCCAGGCAUCUGCGGAGCGUUUGCAACAAUUCCAAGACCUUCGCGUUCAAACAGACCUGGGAUCGACCUCUUUGACCCAUCAGGAAGAGACCACGACCGAGAAGAGCCCAAUCCAUGAGCACCAGGAAUCUGGAUUAGAUCACCAAGGAACAUUCGCAGAGGUCCCCUCGCAAGCAUCCGCCUUGCCCAAGGGUGAUACUGCCCAGAAACACGAACCUCUUUCGUUGACCGAACAAGUCCAAAAGGCAGCAUCCGCAAAACAGUCACCUGCACCCCAGUCGCCGUGGGCAAAGGUAGAUACCAGCAUCCACCCCUUCCCUCCCCCGCCUUCGCAAUCUCCGCUGCCUGCUCCAGCUGCUCAGCGUAAGCCGAUCGUCGCGGACAGCCUUCAUCCUGAGCCGAGAUCGCGCUCUGAAACGCCAUCCGCCGAUACACCAAAUGCUUCUCUUGCACCAUGGGCCAAGGAGCCCACUGAAGCUUCCAAAGGUCCAUCACUCAAAGAGAUUCAGGAGGCAGAGGCUCGCAAAGCUGCCGAAAGGGAGGCCAUCGCUGCUGCUGCUCGUCGCGAGGCAAUGGAGAGGGAGUUGCUUGCUCAAGCCCAGUCGCCAGCGGCACAGCCCGGCCUUCCAUCAACUUCCAAUUGGGCGAGCAGCGCUUCACCCAUCACUCCUGGAGCAAGUGGUCAAUCUGCCUGGAGUAAGCCAACAGUAGGCAAGGCGAACAUCCCAUCCAACACAGGCACAAAGAAAACCUUGCAACAAAUCCAGAAAGAAGAGGAGGCACGUAAGCAGCGCCAGGUAGCCAGUGCAGUCGCAAGUGCCGCGGCAUUUGGUGUCGCGACCCAACCUCUUGCUUCUGGGAAGCGCUACGCUGAUCUUGCAAGUAAACAAGCAUUAACGCCUCCUAUCACUGGCGGUGGAGCCUGGACUACAGUGGGAGCUAGCGGAAAGGUUAAAACCCCUGCAGGAACUCCCGCACUGGCCCCUCCAGCUCUACGCUCUGCUAGCAGUGGUGUAGUGCCAGUCGUCGCGAAGAAACCUACUGUUACUCGCACUGCUACAACGAGUGGCCAGCUAGCCAAGGCGAAUGCGGAGGACGAGUUCCGCAAAUGGGCUGUUGGCGAACUUCGCCCAGAUCUGAACAAGAGCAUCAAUGCUGAUGAGUUCGUCGCUUCUUUGUUGAGCUUCCCGCCUGAUAUCGAACUCUUGACUGAAUCUGUGCAUUCGGCUUCCAACACUCUUGAUUCCCGCCACUUUGCUGAAGAAUUUCUUCGCCGUCGCAAGCUAGCUGACAAGGGCAUUUUCGACAACUCAGGCACUGCAAGCCCCGCUGAAAUCAAAGCAGGAGGUGGGGGUUGGAGCGAGGUUGCGAAGAAAGGCGGACCGAGCGUGCAGCAGCAGCUGAUGCAACAACAGCAACCACAGAGCGUACUUGAUACCGGGAAUUUCAAGGUUGUCGCAGCCAAAAAGAAGAAUGGAAAACGCUAGGCAUCUAGGCGACUACGGUGUAAGGGCGGAUAUUUUCAAAGUGCCUUUGGUUCUGGGCUGCGGAUUGUAUGGCCUUUGAUACAAUGGGUUUAAUGCACGUGCUUGCUGAACAUGGUCAUUUCAAGGAUCAGGACAAAAGAAGUCUGCGUUCACUCUGUAACUACUAUAAGGGCUAAUACCACACCGUUGACCUCCAAACAACCUAUGCCUUUUAGCCCAAGACGCCUAAGGGUAGAAAGCAACAGUUAAGGUAUCAUUCAUAAAA